AUGAAUUCCUUAAACUCUUCAAUCCCUUCUGAGCUUGGUUUUUGUACCAAACUCACCUACUUGGCCCUGUCUUCCAAUCACCUUGAAGGGAAAAUUCCGCCUUCUAUAGGCCAACUCAGAGAGCUUCAGUACCUUGAUCUUCAAAUGAAUUCCUUAAACUCUUCAAUCCCUUCUGAGCUUGGUCUUUGUACCAAACUCAUCUACUUGGCCCUGUCUUCCAAUCACCUUGAAGGGAAAAUUCUGCCUUCUAUAGGCCAACUCAGAGAGCUCCAGCACCUUGAUCUUCACUUGAAUUCCUUAGCCUCUUCAAUCCCAUCUGAGCUUGGUCUUUGUACCAGCCUCACCUACUUGGACCUGACUUCCAAUCACCUUGAAGGGAAAAUUCCGCCUUUUAUAGGCCAACUCAGAGAGCUUCGGUACCUUUAUCUUCAAAUGAAUUCCUUAAACUCUUCAAUCCCUUCUGAGCUUGGUCUUUGUACCAAACUCACCUACUUGGCCCUGUCUUCCAAUCACCUUGAAGGGAAAAUUCCGCCUUCUAUAGGCCAACUCAGAGAGCUUCGGUACCUUGAUCUUCAAAUGAAUUCCUUAAACUCUUCAAUCCCUUCUGAGCUUGGUCUUUGUACCAAACUCACCUACUUGGCCCUGUCUUCCAAUCACCUUGAAGGGAAAAUUCCGCCUUCUAUAGGCCAACUCAGAGAGCUUCAGUACCUUGAUCUUAGAGAGAAUUCCUUAAACUCUUCAAUCCCUUCUGAGCUUGGUCUUUGUACCAACCUCACCUACUUGGCCUUGGCUUCCAAUAAACUCAAUGGGGAACUGCCUCUGUUUUUGUCCAAUCUGAACAAGAUCACCGAUCUGAGUUUAUUUGCUAAUCGGUUUACCGGUCCACUCUUGUCUUCUCAACUCUCCAAUUGGACCGAAGUGGUCUCUUUGCAACUUCAACACAACAGCUUUAGUGGGAAUAUUCCACCAGAAAUUGGACUGUUGAGAAAACUCGAUGUGCUUUAUCUGAAUGAUAAUAAGUUCUCUGCCUCAAUUCCGUCAGAUAUAGGAAGAUUAUCAGAUUUGACAAGCUUGGAUCUUUCGAGAAACCAGCUUUCUGGGUCAAUUCCUCGAAUACUAUUGAAACUUGCAAAUCUUCAGAGCUUAAAUCUUUCCAACAACAAUCUCAGUGGCCCAUUCCCUUUAAGGGAGAAUUUUGAUUUGUCUAAUAACAAUUUGACACCGAAAAUCCAAAAAGCCCCCGACAAUUCCAAAAAACAUAAAAAAGUUAUAAUUGGUGUCCUUGUACCUGUUUGUGGUUUAUCAGUGGUUGCAAUUACAAUUGCUCUGAUUCGUAUGUUCCAUAAGAAAACCAAGCGUGCUCUUAAGAAAAUCAAUAGUGCUGAAAACUUUGAGAAUUUUGAGUCAAUGAUAUUGCAAGAAGAAGUAAAAUUUACGUUUGGGGAAGUUGUAAAGGCCAUAGACGAUUUUCAUGAGAAGUACUGUAUUGGAAAAGGAGGAUUUGGAAGGGUGUACAAGGCAGAGUUGCUAUCAGGUCAAGUUGUUGCCGUUAAGAGGCUUAACAUGUCAGACUCUAACGACAUUCCAGCAAUCAAUCUCCAAAGUUUUGAGAAUGAAAUCCGAACUCUAACAAAUGUCCGGCAUAGGAACAUCAUUCGGCUAUAUGGGUUCUGUUCAAGGAGGGGAUGCAUCUUCUUGCUUUAUGAAUAUUUAGAAAGAGGCAGCCUGGGAAAGGCAUUGUAUGGGGUUGAUGGGGUAAUUGAACUUGGAUGGGCUACAAGGGUCAAAGUUGUGAAAGGAUUAGCUCAUGCACUUUCUUACUUGCACCACGACUGCUCUCCACCAAUUGUGCACCGUGAUGUAACUGUCAACAAUGUGUUGCUCGAGUCAGAUUUCGAAGCCCGACUUUCUGAUUUUGGAACAGCAAGACUGAUUAGUGCCAAUUCAUCCAACUGGACCCAUAUUGUUGGCUCAUUUGGCUACAUGGCACCAGAGCUUGCAUUGACAAUGCGAGUCACGGAUAAGUGUGAUGUGUAUAGCUUUGGAGUGGUGGCGCUGGAAGUUAUGAUGGGAAGGCACCCAGGGGAUUUGCUAGAAUCCCAGCUUUCAGAAUCAUCACAAUCAAUGAAGGAGGACAAUGCAAAGUUGCUUUUGAAGGAUUUGUUAGACCAAAGGCUGGAGGCUCCAAGGAAUGAAUUGGCCAAGGCAGUGGUGCUUGUGAUGAGUUUAGCCUUGGCUUGUAUACGUACGCGUCCCGGGUCUCGACCUACGAUGCUUUAUGUGGCACAAAAACUAUCAGCUCAGAGACUGCCUUCCCUUCCCGAACCAUUUGGCAUGCUAACCAUCAACAAGCUGAUGGGGAUAUACAACUAG